GGUGAAUCAAAAGUUAUGGCCAACUGUUGAUUCCACAGAACGUGAGGUGUGGUGUGGUGUCGGAUUGGAUUGAUUGACCGGUCCGAUUGGAAAUAAUUUAGUAAUUUUCGGGCGCGGAGAGUCUCCAGAGGCUCGAGUACUUUUGAGCGCCCGAGCUUGGAAGUAUUUCGUAGGCCGGUCCUGAGCGGCUUCAGCAGCAGAAGCAGGCAGAAGCAGGCAAGCGUGGGAGAUUGCAUAGGUGGGGAAAAGCGAGCAGCAGAACAAGAUGGGUUCGGCCGGGCGCUUGACUCAUCGUUUGCUGUGGGGAGCUUCCCUCGUGCUAUGCAUCGCCCUCGUUAAUGGAUCGUGUUUUCCUGCAAUCUUCAAUUUCGGAGACUCGCAGAGUGAUACCGGGGGCAUCCACGCCGCGUUCCCCAGCUUCACACCUGCUGAAUUCCCGCCGUAUGGAGAGACCUACUUCCAGCAACCGCAGUUUCGGUACUCCGAUGGACGUCUGCUCAUCGAUUUCAUCACGACUGCCAUGGGUCUACCAUUCCUGGACCCGUACCUGCAAUCCGUGACAUCAGAUUUCUAUCACGGUGCCAACUUUGCGACAGCCGGAGCCACUGUGCUUCCGGUUACGUAUCUCAGUCCUUUCAACUUCAAUAUUCAGCUUCUGCAGUUUAUGGAGUUCCAGAAGAAUGUGAUGGCCAUCAGGAAUCCCAAGAGUGGCACCCUCGGUAGGACGUCGACCACCAUCAAAUCCGCCGCUUCGACAUAUUCCGAGAAGGUGCACCGCCUACCGCUGCCCGAGUUCUUCAAUCAGGCUCUUUACACCAUCUGUAUCGGAGGCAACGACUUCACCUACGGUUACACGAAAGGGAAAUCUCCUGCAGAAGUCGAGGAGUACCUUCCCCAAGUCGUUGACGGCAUCGUUGGAGGCAUCAGGCGAUUGUACUACGCCGGUGGUAGGCACUUCCUUAUCUGGGAUGCUGAACCUCAAGGAUGCCUGCCCUACACACUUACCUUGAUCCAUCACUCUGAGCAAGAUUUGGACGAGCAUGGCUGCCUGCCUCGCUACAACCAAGUCUCGGUUUUCUUCAAUACCUACCUUAACAACUCGUUGACCGAAUUGAGAUCUGAGUUGCAAGACUCCACCAUCGUUAUGUUUUCGACCUACGAUUUGAAGGCAGAUCUUAUUAUGCAUCAUAACACGCACGGAUUCAAGCACGUGAACAGAGCCUGCUGUGGUGUUCCCAAUGAAUUCAACUACGAUCUUCGGGUGGCCUGUGGAAUGUCGCAAGUCAUCGACAACGUGACAUUCGCUUCGACCACCUGCUCGGAUCCUAAUGAGUACAUCGUGUGGGACGGAGUGCACACCACUGAAGCUGCGAACCGCUACAUCGCCAAGCAAAUGUUCACCGGGAAAUUCUUCUAUCCCAGGUUCUCGAAACUCAUCGACUACUGCAACCUCGGACCCCUGACAUAAGAAUCCAUCGUGUCGAGAAAUGACGACGAGUCGAAGCGACAUUCCAGAACCCGCCGGCACAGUGGUGAAUCAAAACAUUUUUCUGUAGCUUAGAGAGUUCGUUAUUGUGAUCAGUGGAUUUGAAUGAAUGAAUGAAUGAAUGAUGCAAAGGUUCGUGUUAGAGACCUGAGAUUUGGUGCUUCUAUCCACAAGCUAGCCACAUUGGCUGCAAACCAAAUCUCGUGUGACUAUAGUAGCACAAGAACAGAUGCUCACCCAGCCUAUCAGAACAGUACAACUCAUUGGGUGCGUGAUCCGUGCAUAUAUGCCAAUUGACUUAUUUCAUAAACACAGUCAUGAUAAAAAGUUCCCAUUUACGC